UUCUCUUCUGUUUUUGCCCUUUUUUUUGGUGAUGUUGUUGAUUUAAGCGGUGGAGAUUCUUUAAACAAACGAUUUAGUAUUUAUUUCUUUUUUGCUUGGUUUUCAAUUUUUCCUUUUUAUCGCAUCUGCUAUCUUCUAAGGAGGAGGGAGUAAUAGUGUAGAGUAUUAUAGUAGUAGUAAUUCUCGAUUCUCUGUUGGUGUGGGCUUUGAUUUUUAUAAAGCUUCCUUCGGUCUAGGUUCUCUUUUCUUUACUAUUCACAAUCUACUCCCUUUUUUUGUUUUCUGUUUAUUCUGCUACGAAUUUGAGAAGCUCCAAAUCUUCCAUCCUUCCUCCGUUUCCUGCCCGCUGCUGUUCAAUCUCAUUGGAAUUUUUCUCCGUUUAAUUGGGAUCUUCAAAUUUCUGUUUUCCGAAGCUGCUAGGCCGCCAAGCAACGCCUCUGCCCUAGAGCCCUUCAAGUCCCUUGCCACCAACUACAACAUCUCUCCACUAUUCACCACCGCUAUAAAGGCUACCUUGCCCCUUUUACUGGUCAAAAUGUGCGAGAGAAGAUAGUUCAGUACGGGCAAGGAGCAGAAGCUGCUCUCACUUGCCUCCUGUUAGAUGGUAGGAACGAGUGCUGUCCCCAUGUUUCACGUCCCAGGAGCUCCAAAAUACACUUGCAAUCUUCUUGCCGUCUUAUGCGGGAGAACCACUGACAAUGAACAAAAGCAAGAAGCCACAAUUCAGAAAACGAAAUAUCCAUUUCCAGAUCUUCUAUCUUCUGGGCGUUUAGAGGUACAAACUUUGAAAAAUCCAACUGUUGACGAGUUUCGCAAGGUUGUGGAUUCAUGGCAGCCUAAUAUUUUGUAUUUGCAAGGAGAACAGUUUGCUAAUAAUGAAGUUGGUUCACUAGUAUGGGGAGGUGUUGACUUGAACACUGCAGAAGCCAUCACUGGUCUUUUUGGUUCCAUGUUGCCGACCACUGUUUAUUUGGAGGUCCCAAAUGGAGAAAAGUUGGCUGACGCUCUUUACUCCAAGGGUAUCCCAUAUGUAAUCUAUUGGAAGCAUGCGUUUUCCUGCUAUGCAGCAUGCCAUUUUCGUCAUGCAUUGUUUUCGGUGGUCCAGAGCUCAUCUUGUCAUACCUGGGACGCUUUUCAACUUGCACAUGCUUCCUUUAGGCUUUAUUGUGUCCAAAACAACCUUGUCCUCCCUGAUAACAGCCAGAAAAUGACUGUUAAGCUGGGUCCUCAUCUUCUUGGGGAGCCUCCAAAAAUCAAUGUGCCCCCACCCGAGGCAGUUACUGGCGAAGAUGAAGAAAGUUCUAGUUCUCUUCCUGCAAUAAAAAUAUAUGAUGACGAUAUCAACUUGAGGUUUCUUGUCUGUGGAGAUGCACGUUCUUUGGAUGCAACAAUAUUGGGAUCUCUGGAGGAUGGUUUAAAUGCCCUGUUAAAUAUUGAAAUGCGUGGCAGCAAACUUCAUAACCGGGUUAGUGCACUUCCUCCACCACUUCAGGCGGGGGCAUUUUCUCGUGGAGUUGUGACAAUGCGAUGUGACAUUUCUACCAGUAGUUCUGCUCACAUCUCACUUCUAGUGUCUGGUAGUGCAGAGACAUGCUUUGAUGACCAGCUGUUGGAGAAUCAUAUAAAGAGUGAAGUCAUUGACAAAAAUCAGUUGGUUCAUGCACUUCCAACUGGCGAGGAAAAUAAACAGCCUCUAUCAGAACCUCGGAGAUCUGUCUCAAUAGCUUGUGGGGCUUCUGUUUUUGAAGCUUGCGUGAAGGUUCCAACAUGGGCAUCACAGGUUUUGAGGCAACUUGCACCUGAUGUUUCAUAUCGUAAUUUAGUUGCACUUGGUAUUGCCAGCAUCCAGGGAUUAGCUGUUGCUUCAUUUGAGAGUGAUGAUGCAGAACGUCUCCUUUUUUUCAGUACAAGGCAGGGGAAAGAUGGCAGUUUUAACAGUCUUACUAUCAGCAAUCUACCAACCUGGUUAAGGUCACCAGCGCCUAGUAGGAAAAGACGUGAAACAUCCCAAGCAACAAAUGGUAAUUCUAGCAAUGGUUUGGCCACUGGAGUUGGUACGGCUGCGAAAAAGGAGGACUUGGAGGAUAAGAAAUCUGUAGUGAAGAAUGGGGUUUCUGUUCCUCUGGUACCUUCUAGACAAAAACUUAAAGUUGCAGCUUUGAGACCUAUCCCUCACAUUCGUCACCAAAAAAUGCUUCCCUUCUCUGGAAUUCCAGAGGUGGAGGGACAUGAAGGUACCCAGGUGAAGCCUAACUUGCCUCCUGUUGCUCCCACAAAGCAUAGUGGUGUCGGUGUAACUCCUGUAUCCAACCGGAAAUCAGCGUCAAGUUCAUAUCAAGCUAAGCAAAUCAUUUCAUUAAAUCCCCUUCCUUUGAAAAAACAUGGUUGUGGGAGAAGCCCUAUACAUGUGUGCUCUGAGGAGGAGUUUCUAAAAGAUGUGAUGCAAUUUCUCAUACUUCGUGGCCAUACUCGCCUCAUUCCUCAAGGUGGGCUCGCUGAGUUUCCUGAUGCUAUACUCAACGCCAAACGUCUUGAUCUAUUUAACUUGUACAGGGAGGUGGUUUCCAGAGGUGGUUUUCAUGUUGGCAAUGGCAUCAAUUGGAAAGGGCAAGUUUUCUCAAAGAUGCGCAAUCACACCGUAACUAACAGAAUGACAGGCGUUGGAAAUACAUUAAAAAGGCACUAUGAAACUUAUCUUUUGGAGUAUGAAUUGGCUCAUGAUGAUGUGGAUGGAGAGUGCUGCUUGUUAUGCCACAGUAGCGCUGCUGGAGAUUGGGUUAACUGCGGCGUUUGUGGUGAAUGGGCUCAUUUUGGCUGUGAUAGAAGACAGGGACUUGGUGCUUUCAAGGACUAUGCAAAAACAGAUGGACUGGAAUACAUAUGUCCGCAAUGCAGCGUGUCAACUUUUAAGAAGAAGAUGCAGAAAACUGUAAAUGGAUAUUGAAUGGAUAUUCUUAAGAAACCUGUAUUUUGCUUAUUGGCUUCUUCCUGUCCCUGCUUGUUUUGUUAUCGAUUCAUCCAGAGUAGAGUUUUGUCUCUCUCUCAAACAGGAGAAAGUUUCUUAGCUCUAGCAUUAGAUUUGUGUUGAUAGUUAAUUUAGUAGUUGCAGGAGUUCUGGUCUGUAUAAGUAGGGGGGCAAACUUGCUGCUCAAUGUGUGUAUGCAAAGGGAAUACUGGAGUGAAGACGGCAAUUGAAGGAAGAAAACUUGAAGAGCAGAGAACGCUAUGGUGGAAUUGGACUUGGUGAUGAGAAGAACAGUUUGCCCGAGUCCAUCCAUCGGUGAUAGGAUAUUCUCUCCCUUAAGGAAAGAAAGGGGAUGUAUACGGAGUGAAGAUUAGGUAAGCGGCGUUCUGGCAUAGCCCAGUUUUUCGAACAUAAGCCCCUUUUUUGCGAAGGGUUUUGUAAAAUAUGAUACAUCUCAUCGUUUUUUACUACAACCUAUAAGGCAGCCAGUUAGUGGCUGUAGCUCUAGUGAAAGUAUUUUUGCCGAUUCACUUGCAAUUUGGCUUCUAAGUAUCAAUUUAGCGGUUCCCUUGGAUC